AUGUGUAGAGCACCUGAAAAUGUACAUGGUUCUGGAGUGGCAUGUGGUUCGGGUUGGCGAGUCCUGAAUGCAAGGAGAAAAUUUAUGGCUCCUUCACAACUGGAUUCCUUUCUUGAUUCCAGGACUGGCUCUCCUGGUCAACGACAAGACGAUGUCCAAAUCGGUUAUCAAAGGGACUCUGGUCGUCCCCUAGCACUCCUCUAUGGCCUUUUGGCCCUGUUGUAUGAACAACAACACUGCCAACCGAAGGUCUCGGAGUGCACAAAGCAUCGGCCAGACGGCUGCAAGUCGCACAUUUGGCAGGAGCACUAUCGCAAAAACGAACAACAGCACCACUGCUGCAAAAGGAACAGUCCGGGCGUUGUCGCAAAAAAGAACAACGUUGUGGCAAAAACGAGCAACACUGUCGCAAAAAAUCGUGACCUUCUGGACAUGUUGUAA